AUACCAAAACUACAGGAUUUUUUGCAAGGUCUCAAUGACUGUCACUCAGAGACGUUAAACUUUGUGUCUGGAGCUUAUGGGAUUCUCUCUUUGAUGCACGGGGCCAACUGUGGAGAAGUGGCUGGCAAAAAAGCAGAAGUGUGCAGAGACCUUGAAGAAAACAUGAGGCGUGAACUCAAUAAAGUCAGAAAACCAAUGGAAGAGGCUUACCACGUGUUUGAAAAAUGCCUCAAAGAAGGGGUUCAAACAUCCAAAACCUCAUGUGACAAAACCCUGAAGUCCAUCUUACACCCUAGAAAGAUGCGAAAUGGUGGGUUUCAUAGGACGCUAAAGUCUGUAGUUGAGAACGGUGGCGUCUACAAACCAAAGAAAGGGAAACAAAUAAACAUCAACAUGAAGCUAGCUUCAUAUCUGACCAACAGCAUUGAUGAGGAAUUCAGGAAGACCUUCCCAAAUGAAGUCAAAUGUGGACCAUUCAACGGAGUCAUUGAUACAUUUUCACUUGAUACAGAUAAGCUGAUUCAAAAGUACAAAGAUGUCGGAUUGCAACUGAACUUUCUGAAGACAGAGGAAGACAAAAUUCAGGCAAAACUCAACAAGAUCAUCCAGAGGCGUAAGAAAUCCAUCUACAACAGUCUGACAGAGAAAAUAGUGGAAAUCAUGGAGGAAUCCUACAAAAAAGCAGCAGAGUUUAGAGGAAAAGGCUCACUGGAGAAAAUGAGGAGAACUAUUGCCACACAUGUACAUGAAAACAUCAUCAUGUUUGAGGAGGCCAAAGAUGUCAUGUUGAACCAGCUGAAUUAUUUGAAGGAGGACAUCCUGGAGAUACUGGAGGGAACCAUGAGGGAAUCCAUUGAGCUCUCACUGAAGACAGAUGACAACUCAGUCCCAGAUGUUCCAACUGAACUUGAGAUGGUGAAGAAAUACUACGAUGAACUGAAAGACAAUCCAGAUGGAGAAACUUCACUACUGGGGUAAAACCUUGAAU